GACCGGCGAGCGAUCCCUUCUGGGUCGUUUUAUCGUGUAACCUUAAAGAAAAGCUACCUGCCAGUAGUCAUAUGCUUGUCUCAAAGAUUAAGUCGGUUAUACAGUACAUUACUACUUGGAUAACCGUGGUAAUUCUGGUGCCAGCAGCCGCGGUAAUUCCAGCUCCAAUAGCGUAUAUUAAAGUUAUUGCAGUUAUAAAGCUCGUAGUUGAAUUUCGGGAUUUAUCAGUUAGUCGGGCUUCACUGAUCACCGUAAUGAUUAAUAGGGAUAGUUGGGGCGAAAGCAUUUGCCAAGGAUUAAUCAAGAACGAAAGUUGGGGAUCGAAGACGAUCAGAUACCGUCUGUUUGGGUUCCGGGGGGGAAUGGUCGCAAGGCUGAAACUCAAAGGAAUUGGCGGAAGGGCACCACCAGGGCUCUUUCUUGAUUCUAUGGGUAGUGGUGCAUGGCCGUUCUUAGUUGGUGGAUCCCUCUUUCGGGAGGGUCGCAACUUCUUAGAGGGACUAUCGGCGUUUAGCCGAUGGAAGUUUGAGGCAAUAACAGGAAUCCCUAGUAAGCGUGAGUCAUCAACUCACGUUGAUUACGUCCCUGCCCUUUGUACACACCGCCCGUCGUUACUACCGAUUGAAUGGCUUAGUGAGACUCUCGAAUCGGGUUUUAGGAACCGGCAACGAAUCCUUUCUUCUGAGAAGUUUGUUAAACUUGGUCAUUUAGAGGAAGUAAAAGUCGUAACAAGGUUUCCGUAG